AUGUCUGGCUCAAUAACGAUUGCGCUCGCAAAUCGAGUACCCAAGAGGCCCCUCCGGAAGCUUCCUGCUUCCAUUGAGGUGCCCAACGAUGCCGAGAUCGAAGACGUCAAGAAGGUCAUAGCCCGCCAGGCCGGCGUCAAGGACUUCAAUCGCAUCGGCCUGUUCUACCCUUCCACCAGGAAGAGGAUCGCGGACCGAAGAGCGCUGGUCAAUAACCAGCAGGACGUCAUUGACAACGGGCAGAUUUUGGUCCAGGAUCUUGGCCCUCAGGCUUCCUGGCGCACUGUGUACCUCGUCGAAUACCUCGGCCCCAUCCUGUUCCACGCCUUCUUCUACUACCUUCGCCCGCAGCUUGCCAAGGUUAUCCCCUUCUUCUACAAGGGUGCCGAUGUGACGCCUCUUACGCUCGUGCAGAAGGUCUGCUUCUUCAUGUUCAUAUCCCACUUCGUCAAGCGCGAGCUCGAGACCGCCUUCCUCCACAAGUUCGCGGCCAAUACCAUGCCCGCCAAGAAGAUCGUUGAGAACUCACUCUACUACUGGGGCACCGCGGGCCUACUGGCUGCCUUCUUCAUCUACUCGCCAAAAUCCCUCGCGAACCGCUCGGAGCUGGGGCUGGUGGACUACGUCGGCAUCGCCCUGUUCUUCGGUGGCGAGCUGAGCAACUUUGUCGUGCACAAGCACCUGGCUGGACUGCGCAAGCCUGGGAGCACCGAGAAGGGUAUCCCAAGUUGCAUCGGGAGCAGCCUAGUCACCUGCCCGAACUACAUGUUCGAGAUCAUCGCGUGGAUUGGCAUGAUCCUGGUUUCCCGGGAGUGGUCGGUUGCGCUGUCCAUCGCCAUCGGUACCAAGUACAUGGCCGCCUGGUCGCGGGACAAGGAGGCGGCGCUGAGGGGGAUCUUUGGAGACAAGUACAAGAAGAAGAAGUACACUCUGUUCUACGGCUUCUACUGAGCAAAGCAGGAGCAAUAGUAUUGGGCUGUCUGCAGCAAGGACGAGGACGAGGGAAUUCCAUCUCGAUUGCGCCGCUGCGUCUGGGAGGAUCUUUUCAUUCUCUGCUUGUAGAUAUCCUAGACUGAAAAUCAUAAGCUCACAGCUAUGGGACACUAUAUCCAAACCCAAUUGCAGGCUAGUGGUGUUUAUCAUGUAAUCGUAAAUCAUCAAGUCAUUUUGAGAGGUGCAGCGUGUAGUCAAGAUCAUGAUGCGCUCUUCCAUAGGAACCGCCUCAACCAGUUCGGAGUAGCAGGGGACUGCGGCGGCUUUGUGGUGUCCUGCGUGGCGGUUUCGAGCUGUGUGCUCUCGACGGCGCUGGCUCCCUCUGCAGGAUCGUCGGGUGGCAGAGGAAUCUGGGCUGGCUCGAUGUCCAUGGCAUCUGCAGGGGGUACCGUCAGCGCCACCUCCUUUCCCUUGCCCUUAAACGCUGGCCCAGCAGCCCCGGGGCCGUCCUGUCCCUCAGCAUCGGCCAUACGAGCAUCUCCAUCACCAUCACGAUCGAUACCAACCUCCUCUCUCUCCUCGUUCUCGUCCUCCUCACUGCCACUCCAGCUCCCACUCCCGCUCCCGCUCCCGCUCCAGCUGCCCUCAUCACUGCUCCCUCUCCCAUCCCGCCCAACCAACCUCAUCGUCUCCUCGAGCACCAAGAAGUCCCUCUCCAGCCUCUCCGCCCAGUUCUGCACGUCGCCCAGCUCCUUGACCUGGCGGCUCCCCUCCCCCAGCACCCGCAUCAGCUUCUCGUCCUCGCUCCGCAGGCCAGCCAGCGCCGCCCGCACGUCCCGCUCCUGGCGGUCGAUGGCGGCCUGGUUGGCGUGCAGCAGGGCCGCGCGCGUGGAGAGCUCUGUGUCGAGGGUGUUGCCCAGCGAGGCGACGAGGGCGGCGCGGGCCUGCGCGGUCUGGGCUUCUUGGGCCGGGGUGGGGAGGUGGGCUGGGUUGGUGGGGGAGGAGGGGAUGGUGGUGGUGGAUGGGGCGGUGCCUCCAUGGGGAGGAGAUGUCUGCGGGUGGGGGUGGUGUUGGUGUUGUUGUUGGUGGUGGUGAGGAUGAGGAUGGUGGUGAUGGUGGUGGUGGUGGUGGUGGAGUUGGUGGCCUGGCGGGGCAGGAAAUUGUGAGGCUGACACGGACGACGAUGCCGUGGUCGACGGGCCUCCUCCGCCUCCUGUUCCGGAGCCUGGAGAAAGUGUGCUCCUGGGCGAGGUAGACACGGUUGUGGUUGUCACCGAGGACGAUGACGGCUGGGCGGGGCUGACUGGCCGUGUUGAGGAGGACAUGAUUGCACGUAGUGGUUGGUUAGACCCUUUUCCCCCUAGCUUAUUUGUCUGGUAACAAGUCUGCUUUCUGAUGGGCGAGUACAGAUGUCUGUAGAGUGGAGAAUAGUC